ACUAUUCAAACAUUUUUCACUAUUUAACAAUUAUAUCACAGUGGAUAAGAAAAGCCCAUCCUUUUUCCUUCUGCACGGAAACGCUAUCUCUAUCUCUAUUCGUCAAAACCGGUAACAAUGUCCAUCGUCGCCGGCCGGAUUACUCCCAUCAAUGCCACCAUGUCCCCCCAGUUCCACCGCCCCUCCCCCACCGCAAUCCUCCCUCUUCGCCUCCACAAAACCCACAUCUCCCUCCACUGCUCCAACUCCUCAUUCCUCAACCCUAUCCGUCUAUCACCCGUCACCCGACCCACCACCCGGAAACCCACAUCCAUCCAAAUGAGCAUGGAGGCCGGGGUGGGUUUGAUGGGCACCAAACUGGGAAUGAUGACGUUCUUCGAACCCACCGGAAAAGUGGUUCCGGUGACUGUUAUAGGGUUUCGUGAAGGGAAUGUUGUGACACAGGUGAAGACGGAUGAGACAGAUGGGUACAAUGCCGUUCAAAUCGGGUACAGACGGGUCCGGGACAAGAAGCUGACUAAACCCGAGAUGGGUCACUUGGAGAAAUCUGGGGUGAUUCCAUUGAGGCAUUUGCAGGAGUUCCGGUUGCCGUCAGUUGAUGGGUUUGAGCCGAAUCAAAAGUUGGUGUUGGAAGAGUUGUUUAAGGAAGGUGAUUUGGUUGAUGUGUCUGGUACCACCAUUGGCAAAGGGUUUCAAGGUGGUAUAAAGAGGCAUAACUUCAAAAGAGGUCCAAUGACCCACGGGUCAAAGAGUCAUCGGGCUCUUGGUUCAAUCGGAGCAGGAACAACACCCGGGCGCGUGUACAAAGGGAAGAAAAUGCCUGGUCAAAUGGGAGGAACAAAAACCAAGAUCCGGAAACUUAAGAUUGUCAAAAUCGACACUGAUUUGAGAGUUGUGAUGAUCAAAGGGGCGGUUCCUGGUAAGCCCGGAAAUCUUAUCCGAAUAGCUCCUGCCAAGAUCGUUGGCAAGAACAUCCCAAAGAAUUAGUUUGGUUUAAUGUUCUCUUCGGUUUGUAUGAUGUUAUUAUUGUGAAGUUCUGUAAUGUGAAUUAUGAUUUCGAACAAGGAUAUGACAUUGGAGUAGGGUUGUAACUGAAUACUUUGAAAAUUAUAUAAUUUGUUAGAAUUCAUGUUAUUUUA